CUCCCUCUCUUCAAAACACACACUCGACACAACCUCCUGUCUCUCUUUCUCUCUCUCACUUUCUCUCACUACAUUUCUCUCUCUAGUUCGUGAUAACCUAAAGGGGUGAGACUAGGGUUUUCAACCGCUUCGCACUCGGAUAAAUCGGAAAAGGCUUUGAAUCUGGGACGGUGGUGAUGAAUCUGGAACGAGUCUCGUGAUUAUAAAUUAUAUCUUAGAAUGGAGAGCGAUACUGAUAAAAGUAUCAGACUGAGAGAUUCUGGGACAAUUAUUGGGGGAGAUCAGGCUCAAGGAAGCAAUGUUAAUGCUUUACUCCACUCCAGCAGUUCAACUGUUAAGAUCAAUUCACUGUCAAUCAAUCUUGGAAUUGUCAAGGGGAAGGAUGAUCCACAAAAGUGUAGUCAUUUUUCUAUACGAGGCUAUGUUGCAAAGAUGCGUGAAAAAGGUGACAACCACCACUUACCAUUUUCUAAUGGUAUUGGAGAAGAACCUCCCCCUAUAGAAGUCCCACGUUUUAGAUAUUGGCUUUGCCAAAUCUGUUUGCAAGAUUAUGGAGGUGGAAGUACUUCUCAAGAGGUUGCAUUAGUCUCUCAGUAUGGUAAAAGCAUGAUGCAACCUUGCACAACUUCUUACUCAUCAUCACCAAAUUGUCAUGGUUUGCCAAUGCUCCCUUUUGGAGAGGGCACUUCAGGUCAUAAACCUGUUGAUGAGAGAAUUAAUGUUGACGAAAGCAUUAUACAAGAAGAUACUACUCAAUCUUCACCUGAUCACAACCUUCCUGACACUGAAGAACCAGAUAAAAUCGAUUCUAUUGAUGCCAAUAUCACUGAAUAUGCAGCUGUUGUUGAUGAUUCCAAGAAAGUUGACUUAGUCAAUGGACCUUUGACUUCUCCACCAGUCCAGUCAACCGAGUCUGACCAACAGAAUCAAGAUCCAACCGGACAUCCGCGCCGAAAGGCACGAAAAGUGCGUUUAUUAACAGAAUUGCUUUGUGGAAGUAGUGAAAAACCGCAUCAGAGAAAAGAAAGCACUAAUCUUCCUGAAUUAACUCCAACUCCAUCUUCUCCACUGAAAAAAAGAAAGAUCCAACAAGCUCAGGAGUGGAAACCUGUCGAAGGUCAUGUUGGGAAAAAAGUCAAAGUGGUCAAGGAGGACGUUUCUGGUAAAACCAGUAUAGUUAAUGAAGGUGAAGGUGGGCAGAAAACUGAUAAAUAUCAAUGUACAAAACAUGGAGUUCAAAAAAGUUCCAAACAUGUUAAGGCAACUAGUGAUCCAGUUGCAGCUUGGAGAUCGAUAUUCAGUGAUAUGGGAAGAUCAGAUAAAGUCGUGUCACUUCCCAAUGAUGCUUCAAGACCGAGUCAAGAUGUGUAUGAGUAUGAAGGCAAACGAAAUGUUGACCAGUUUUCAGAAAAAAGAUGUAAUGCUUCCAAGAAGGUAAUGGAGGAUCCUAUGAGAAAUCAGUUAUUUGGAGAUGAUCAUAUACAAAGGACAAAUGUUGGUGAUUAUGAUUAUGAUUCUAGAGCGAGGGGUGGUCAGUCUGAAACUGGGUUAGGGCUUGGGUUAUCUCUAAACUAUGAACCACAGUCACGUGUUUCUUGGCUACCACCAUUACCAAAUCGGGUUCCUAUUCAAGAUCAUAGUAGGAAAGAUGGUUUCUUUUUUGGAGAAUCAAGUAUUGGACAUAAAGGAGUCUCAUUGGAUCCUCAAGCAAAAGGAAGAUCGGUUUACAGUGUCAGAGAUGGACAUACACAUACUCCUAGAACACCAUUCUUGCAGGAACAGCAGCCUUUUCAUACACACCUUUCACAUGGGAGCUUUUCUCAGCAUCAGAAUUUAGACUUCUCUGAUCCACACAACAAGAGGAACAAUGGAGUUAGAGGGUAUGCAGAUAUAAUGAUGGCUAAUAGCCAUCAAAGACAUGACAUAUUUUCCAAUGGGAGGUCAGAUGAAAGGGAAAUCGUUGAACUCAUGGCCAAAAUUCAGUAUGAAAGAAACUUAAGUGAAUCCAGGAAUUACAAUUCAUCAAAUUUUCAUAAAGUUAGUAGCUUCAACCAAGGGAUGCCUAUACCCCACCACCAAUAUCCCACAUUCAGAAGGCCUUCAAUGGAGAAUUCAGGUCUGGGUCCCACCACCAUGAGGAACCCAAACCCAUCUGGAUUCUUCCAUCAAGAACCAAUUCCAGCCUUCCCAAGUUUCGAUACCUUCUCACACCAAUCAAAUGGUAUACGGGUUUCUGAUAACUCUUAUUAUCAUGAAUCUAGAGAGAAUAACAGAAUACCCCACCACCACUCUUCUGUUCCAACCAAUAUGCAGAUAAUGGAAGCUUAUAACAAUGGAAGACCUGGAAAUGUGUGGUCAAACAUGGAAAUGCAUACAAAAUGGUCAAACAGGAACAAAGGGAAGAACGUUAUGAAUCUUGAUCUAAAUGUCAUGGCUCCAAAUGUUCUUGAAGAGCAGAACAACAACAACAUGGGUGGUUCUUUAGACCAUUCAUAUUCUAAUGAAGCCAUACCUGCAAUGCAGUUGCUUAGUCUAAUGGAUGCAGGGAAAAAGUCAUCUUCUUCUUCUUCUUCUUCUCCAUUUAUGGACAAGAAAAAGCUUCCACCUAAACCACCCUUUUCUUCUUACAAUGGAAAACAGAAUUCCUUUAUAAUUCCAUGCUCUGGGAUGCUACAAUCUAGUGUGCAAAGGCCCGUUGAAAACUCAAGGAAUUUCAUUACGGGUCGUGGAGCUUCGUUUUCUUCUUUCUUUCAUACCGAUCAAACUCAUGGAGUUCAUAAACCACAAGAGAAGAAACAGAGAGGUGUGAGUAUGACUUCAGGUCACAACAAGUAUAGACCAGAGGAUUCUUUUGGUUUUCCUCUUCCAUGGCAUGCAAGUGAAGGAGGAUUGGGGACAAGAAAUGUGACAUCAGGAACUGAGAUUUGCACAAUUAAUCAAAACCCGGCUGAUUUUAGUACACCAGGGCCAGAAAAUGUGUAUAUGAUUGAUGUUGAAAAUCUUAAAUUCAGAGGAGAUCGUGUUUAUUACCCUAGGGAAGGGACUGUUUGAGUGGUUGGUAAUCCGUAAUCUUGAGGGGAAGAGAGCAGAAAAUGUUUAUUGCCUUUGUGGUUAACAAGGUAUGGACUCCUACUUAUACUUAAGAUAUCGAAAAAGAAGUUCUUGUAUAUAUAUUUGCUCUUAUUUUCUGUAAUAGUUGAUAGAGUUGAUUCCCAUAGAAACAUGAGCUUAACAGUUGUUUGCCUUGUAGACAUGGUUGCUUUUGUUGUUUUAAGAUAUUUGCAGUAUACUCACAGUUUGAUCAUGAG